GGAAGCUUGGCCUUUCUGCCAGAGCUCUCACCCAGGCAUUCAUUUGACCCAAUGCUGGUUCAUGAUCUGGCAGUUGGGAGCACGGGGGUCACUGCCCCGGUGGACUUCAAGUGGCUUCGUUGGGAGACACAGACUGUGACCUGGGGAGGUGGCCUACAGGAGAAGCAGGACCCGUCAAGGUCACGUCGUGAGGUUGCCAGCCUGCAUAAAGGGGGUGUGGAGAGUGUCUCAGCAGCUGCCCCACCAUGACCUCCUGGGCCCUCCUGCUCCUCGCCUCAGUGCUCAUGGCCACCCCAGGUCUGACCUUUUCUGGUCAGAGCCCUGAGGACCAUGACCUGUCCAUGGCUGACAUGUCUGAGGAGGAACAGUUCUUCGAGAUCCUGGCCCGGGAGGCCCUCAAGAGUGACCCAAUAAUCUUCACCUGUAAGCCUUGUAAGUUUAUGAUCAGGAUGCUGAGAAAAAGCCUGGGAGAAGAUAUUGAUGAGGAAGCCAUCAAACAGGGUGCGUCCAUGUUGUGCCGGAAGACAUUUAUGCCCAAGAUGUUAUGCGACGACAUAAUCAGUAGAUAUCUGAGUGCUGUCACCCAGGGUAUCCUGAAUGACAAAUCCCCCCAGGAAAUCUGUGUGAAGAUCAGGAUGUGCAGAGGCAAAAUAGGAUUGAAUGAGAUGAUCAUGUGGAAGGAUGUUGACAGCAAGGAAGCGGUCUCAGCCCGGGAUACUCAUAGACAUCAGAGCCCUGAUGGAACUCCUUCCCCCCAGCCCAGGACUGGUUCCGGGGGCUGGGAGCCAGGCACCAUCUUUGCCCAGGACCCUUGGGGUCUGAGAGCUGGGCUCAGGAACCCUGCCAGGAGGGAGGGCUCUGCGGUCUCUUCCUCCAGGGCUGCUCAGGGUGUGUCUGUAGCUCAAGCCAGGGCUGCAGGACAUGGGGCAGGGAAGGGCCCCCUGAGUGGCUCUGGCAGCUCCCUAGACUGAGCCUUUGGGACCUGAUGCUGGCAGGUCUGGGGUCACCCCGUACAGUGAGCUCCCCACCGUUUCCUGUCAUUUGAUUUUCAUCUGCAAAGCCCCACAACCCGCUCAGGCUCCUGACUGGGUUCCAGGAUGUAACUCUGGGCGUGUUCAGUAGAGGCAGGUGGCUCUGAGUCCCCAUUUCCCCAGCAACCGCACACACCCGCCCACAGCGGGCUCUUCUCUCCGCUCUAGGUCUUGGAGCCUCUGGGGCCUUAGCCGACCCUGGGGAGAAGCACAGAAUCUUCAGCGACCAUCGCCAGCUCCUGCCUUCCUAAAUCCAGGGCGGACCCUCCCAUUUCCCUCCCCGAACUCUUUGCAGCGCCUUCCCCAGGCAGGAGAAUAAAAUGUCAUGCAAGCUUGUA